AUGGCGUCAGUGCAACGCCGCCGCGAGUCGCAAGAUGAAAGAGAUGAGUCGCGCGCCCCUGCGACGGACAAGGGGAAGCGCGAAGGAGGAGCGCCGGCGCCGGAAGGUGGAGGGACGGCGGGCGGUGAGCAAGGGCAGGGAGGGACGGCGACGCAUGAAGGCAGUGCGCAGGCGAGUGGAGUGGUGAACGCGGACAAGAGCGCGCAAGGUGGGGAGGCGAAACAGACAGCAACGACUGAUGCUGCUGCUGCGGGUGGUUCUGCUGGCAAAUCAGGCGAUGGUGAUGGUGAAGGCAGGACAGGCGGCAAGGAGGGGGAGGGGCAAGGAGGUGUGGAAUCGGAAGGGAUGGUGAGUGGUGUUCGGGGAGAGGGGGAGAGAGUGCAGGAGGGCGUUGAGGUGGAGCAGGGUGGUGGGAAGGCAGAGAAGGCUGCAGGUGGGGGUGAGACCGAAGGUGGUGGCGGCUCUGUUGUUGAGCAGGAGGGGGAAACAGAGGAGAAAGGCAAGCAAGGAGGGGGAGAGGAUGUGAAGGGCAGUGUGCUGCCUCCCACUCACGUUGAGGGUCCUUCCCCUGCGACUGCCCCUGCCUACUGCGCACAGCGUGUGGCUGCAGGCACCCAGCUCACCCCUGCUGAGCCCACGAUUCCCCACUCCGCCCACAGCAGCAGCCUCUAUCCCCUUGCUGCUGCCACCAACCCCUUCGCCAUGCAGCUUCCCUCCGUAGCACCCACCGCCCUGCCUCCUUCUUCUGCCCCACCCGCUGCUGCCGCCGCGCCACCUGCCUUGGUGGCAGCACCAGCAUCUGCAUUCCAUGGCAUGUCAGCUGCACCCCACGGCAUCCCCCCUGGUGGUUCGCGCAUGCGCAUUGCGGGAGGCAUGGCGCGCACCGGAGGGGCGUUGAGUGUGGGGCCUGCAGAUGUGAUCCCAGUGCAGCCCAGCGUGGGUGUGCACAGCAGCAUGGCAGGUACAGGGGUGCAUGCCCAGGCGGCUGCUGAGGAAGCUGCACGUGUGACACCACACUCGAAUCCGGAAGAGCAUAGUGGGCUUGCACCCAUGGAUGUGGAGGAGGGGAAGACCGUUCAUCCCACGCCUGCUACUCGCUCGCUGCUCUCUCGCUCCACUCCGUCGCGCCCGCCGUCGUCGCGGUCGUCCAUGCCCCAUGCGCCCGUCGCGCACGCCAUCCUGCCGGCGCUCAUGGAGCACGUCUCCUACCCCAUGUCCUUCCCCGCCCAACCUUUAGCGGCUGCAGCGCUGGGGGGAGGGUCCAGCCAUGCGGGCGCAGCGGCCGCCGCGUCGCACAGCGGCGUCCCGGUGGUGAGCCUGGUGUCGGUGCUGGCGGGGGGCGGCACGGACGUGGCGGCGCUGACGCUGUUCGUGGGGCUGCUGUGCGCGUGCAUCGUGGUGGGGCACGUGCUGGAGGGCGUGCGGUGGAUCAACGACGCCGUCACCGCCAUCCUCUUCGUCAGUGCCCACCUCCCUCCCGGUCCGCGCAACCACAGUGCGCGCAAUGCAUCCCCGCCUCUCCCUUUCCCUCGCCUCCCUGCUCCGUUUCAAUGCCUCCGUUCGCCACUUUCGCGCCUUUCUCUCGGCCUGGCGUCGGGCGCGGUGGUGCUGUUCGUGCGGGGCGGCGCGAGUUCGAUGAUUCUGCGGUUCGACGAGGACCUGUUCUUCAUCUACCUGCUGCCUCCCAUCAUCUUCAACGCCGGGUUUCAGGUGAAGAAGAAGCAGUUUUUCCGCAACUUCGGGGGCAUCAUGGCGUACGGCAUAGCAGGCGUCUUCAUCUCCGUCUCCGUCAUCACUGCAGGUUGCAACUUCCUCUUCCCUCUCUUUGGCCUGCCUAUUCAACCCAGCCACAUAUACCUUGCGCUGGGAGUGAUCUUCUCCGCCACUGACUCUGUCUCCGUGCUGCAGGUGUUGGACCAGGAGGAGCAGCCGUUGGUGUACAGUCUGGUGUUCGGCGAGGGAGUGGUGAACGACGCCACGUCCAUUGUGCUCUUCCGCGCCGUGCAGCAGCUCGCCCUCUCGCCCGCCGCGCACGCGCUCUCCCUCGCCACGCUGCUCAACGUGCUCUCUGACUUCCUCUACCUCUUCACCGCCUCUACGCUGCUUGGCGUUGCGCUAGGACUGCUGUCUGCAUACGUCAUGAAGACGCUCUACUUCUCCAGUCAUGCGACGGACCGGGAGAUAGCGCUGAUGGCGCUGAUGGCAUACGCGUCGUACAUCCUGGCAGAGGUGCUGCGGCUGAGCGGCAUCCUGUCCGUGUUCUUCGCGGGCAUCGUCAUGAGCCACUACACCUGGCACAACGUCACUGAGAGCUCCCGCGUCACCACCAAGCAUGCGUUUGCAACGAUGUCGUUCAUAGCGGAGACGGUGAUCUUCAUGUACGUGGGCAUGGACGCCCUGGACUCGGAGAAGUGGACCAGCGUCAACGUCAGGGACACGUUUGUGCUGUUCACGCUGCUGCUGGGGCUGGUGCUGGCGGGGCGGGCAGCGUUUGUGUUCCCGCUCUCCGCCCUGCUCAACCUGCAGCGCAAAAACUCACGCGCUCUGCGCACCCCCCAUCAGGUGGUCAUUUGGUGGGCGGGUCUCAUGAGGGGGGCUGUCUCCAUCGCCCUCACGUACUCUGCUUUUUCAGAGGAGGGAGAGGCCACGGCAGCCAUGCUAAUCGCCUCCACCAUAGCGCUCGUUCUCUUCUCUACUCUCGUGUUUGGGCUGCUCACGAGUCCACUCAUCGACUACUUCCUGCCCUUCACUCUCCACCACAGUGCCAGCAACUACAGCGAGGGCCCCUCCUCGCCCAAGUACCUUCCCCCACAUCCCAUCUCUCCAGCCUCUACCACUCUCUUCCUCGCUGCCUCGCCCUCCCUCCCCCCCUCUCGCUCGCGCCCCUUCUCUUCCUCCACACCCGUCACCUCCGUGUCCUCUGCGCCCUCUUUGCCCGUCGCACCCUCUGCCCCCGACGCCGCACCGGCCGUGCCCUCUGCCCCGGUGCGCGCUACGCCCCCGCGGCCGCGGCUGCUGUACCCGCAUGGGGCGGCGGGGCACGUGGAGGGCGACAUGGUGGUGUGUUUACCCGCAUCCUCCAUGGCGGGUCUCCCCAUGCCCGAUGCCCGCCUCGCCUCGCGCAUCCUCAGCGCCCACGAGCGUGACCUGCAUGACCUGUGGCGAUGGUUAGACGACACGUACAUGCGCCCGCUGUUUGGUGGUCGUGGGUACGUGCCGCCUGCCGCUCGCUCCUCGUCCUUCUCGCUCCCCCGGAGUAGCAGCGGGCUGGCGGGUGCUGCUGCUCGCAUGCUGCUGCAGGGGGGCGGCGGGGGCAGCAUGUUUGAACGGCUGGAUGCGAGGGCAGCGGUGGGGAGGGAGGAGGAAGGGGAGGUGAGGGAGGGCGAGGGGGAGGAGGGAGAUGGGUUGGGGCGGGGGAGUCGGCGGACGAGCUUCGUGCGGUUUGCAGAUGAGAUAGGCGAGGAGAGGAGGGAGGGGAGAGGGCGGUUGGAGGAGGAAGGGGACGCGGUUGAGGGGGAGUGCCUGGCGGAAGAUGAUGUGGCGUGGCCUCACAAGAUGGGCCACAACCUGCCCCACCACCCCCACCAGCUGCACCACCACCACCACCACCAUCACCAGCAUCAGCAGCAGCACCACCAGGGGAACCAGCAGCAGCAGCAUGAGGGGCAGAGGCAUGGCGGCGAAUGGGAGGGAGAAGGAGAAGCUCCAUGGCGUAUUGGUGAGGAGCACACCUAG